UGACAUACAGCGCCACUUUUGCGCCUACUGAAAGCAAGAAGGGAAUGUGGAGCAGCGCGGAGGCGGCGGGGGACUCAAAAAAUGGCGAUCGCUCAGGUAUCCAACGCGGAUCUAGCUCGCAUCAAGCGAGACUUAUGCAUUUCGCGGCACGAAUGCACCGUCCGCGGCCUCCGACAAAGCGCCAAAUGGGCCGCCGAGCUCGCGUUCGCCCUACGCCACGUCCAGCCGGCCGACGCGUCCUCCCUCCACCAACCGGACUACGGCGACGACGCGCACCAACUGUCCCGCUCCUACUUCGACCUGCAGGAAUACGACCGUGCCGCCCACUUCACCAAAGGCUUGGACGACCCCAAGACGCGCUUCCUGCACUUCUACUCACGCUACCUCUCGGACGAGAAGAAGCGACUGGACGACAUCGUCGAGCCGAUCACGGCGGCGACGGAGCGCGGCGCCAGCCAGGCCCUCAAAGACCUCCACGUUGAGCUCCGAGCAGCCCACGACACCCUAGACGGCUACUGCCUCUACCUCUACGGGGUCGUCCUGAAGCGACUUCAACUCCGCAGACAGGCCAUGGACGUGCUCGUUGAAGCCGUCCGCGCCGAACCGCUCCACUGGGGCGGCUGGUUGGAGCUGGCGUCGCUAGUCUCGGACCGAGACAGCCUGCAAGGUCUGGAGCUACCCGACCACUGGAUGAAGAAGUUCUUCUUGGGCCACACGUACGUCGAGCUUCAGCUGAACGAUGAGGUGCUCGAGACGUACGAAGAGCUGCAGAGAAACGGUUUCGCCGACAGCACCUACCUGAUGGUCCAGGUGGCGAUCGCGCACCACAACAUGCGCGUCGUUGAUCGGGCCAUUGAGGGCUUCCAGAGACUUCAGCGGGUCGACCCGUACCGCCUGGACAACAUGGACAUCUACUCGAACUUGCUGUACGUGAAGGAGCAGCGCGUGGAGCUCAGCCACCUGGCGCACCACACGUGCUCCGUGGACAAGUAUCGGGCGGAGACGUGCUGCGUCAUCGGCAACUUCUACUCGCUGCGGUCCCAGCACGAGAAGGCCGUGCUGUACUUCCAGCGCGCACUCAGGCUGAACCCCACCUACUUCGCGGCCUGGACGCUCAUGGGCCACGAGUACAUGGAGAUGAAGAACACCAGCGCGGCGGUGCAGGCGUACCGGCAGGCGGUCGAGGUGAACUGGAGGGACUACAGGGCCUGGUACGGGCUCGGCCAGACGUACGAGAUGCUCAAGAUGCCCAACUACUGCCUCUACUACUACAGGCGAGCCCAGCAGCUGCGUCCCAGCGACUCCCGCAUGAUGGUGGCCCUGGGCGAGGCCUACGAGAAGCUGGAUAAACUCGCCGAGGCCCAGAAGUGCUUCUGGCGCGCGCACGCCGUCGGCGACGUUGAGGGCAUGGCGCUUUUCAAGCUGGCGCGCGUCUACGAGCGCCUCGGCCACGAGCCGCAGGCACGGGCGGCCUUCGCCGACUACGUGCGGGACUGUGAGGCCAGGGCGAUCCCCGGCGCGCCGGGGGCAGACCACGAGGAGCAGGCCCACGCGUGCGUGUUCCUCGCCAAGCACUACCUGCGCGAGGGCGCCCUGGACAAGGCCUACGAGUACGCCCACAAGUGCACCGAGUUUGCGGAGACCAAGGAGGAUGCCAAGGGGCUGCUCAAGCAGGUGUCGGACGCGAGGGCGGCCGCCGAGAACGGCGGGGAGGAGGAGGACGGCGGCGGCGGGAUGCAGGUGGAGGGGGACUCUGCGCUGGGGGCGGGGGACGGGGCGGGGCUGCUCGGCGUGGAUGGGGUGCCCUUCCGAACGCCCAACAAGUGAUCCCUAGCAUCCGUUUUGGGGACUUAAGAUGGCGUAUGGUUACUGGGAGUAAUCGCGGAGGUGGGCCCGCUUUCUGAGUGACCGGAAGUGUCGUGUACAUCCAGGCGGCUCGCAACUGCGUACCGGUGUCAUCGGUGCAGUCUCGGAUGAUGUGAGCUGAAACGAUCAGGCUACAAGCAAGAGAUGCUGGACGCCCGACUCCGAGACGAGAGGUUUAACUAGCUUCGACGAAGAAUAUGCAGACAAAAGUGCAGCCCCACUGCUAUCUGACUCGGCCCGAUUGUACAAAAAAUGCUUUGGCCAGAUAUAAUCGAGCCUGCACCAAGCUGGGGGUGGACAGUAGCAAAGUGUGCGGACACGGGGUACGUUGAAGUGGGCCCUGUUGAGGCUGAAGCUUGGGCUACUUGUUGAGCCAUUCUAAAACAAUGGGCAUGUCACGUAAGAGCGACAAACACGGAAGUGCGUCUCGGAACACGGGAAAGGACAUGCAGAGUCGCAGUGCUACGCAUUUUCAUGAACAUGCCCUUUUCGUUACUUUAAAUUCUCGUCUCGAGGAUCACUUUUAUCUUUCAAUCGUGUCGUUUCAUCUUACAUUGUCCAAGUCUGUAUUAGGUUGAGCAUCUUCGAAGGCUGUGAGCAUGCGCAAUGGCUAUGGAAGACAGUCAGUUUCAAUGUACAUAUGUGCGUCAAAAAGCCACGAGCUAAUGCCAGUGGUCUGCAAUUCAGUUGGAGGGUAUCGAACAAGCCAGCCUCUAAGUAAUGACUCUGAAAAGUUUCAAUGCCGUAUGCAAUGUUGUUUCCUUUGCGACACAUCUUGGUUCAGGAUCAGGUUUGAACAAAGUUUGUCAAAGUUAGAUUGAUAGAGUUGCAAGAGUGCUUGGAUUGAUUUUGUGUGUGUGGCUGUUGUAUAUUACUUGUGGCUGUGAAAAUGUACUUACCUGCUUCGCAUGCCAACAGUGGAAGUCAAUUACAGGCUUUGGCAUGCGUUUUAUAUAAAACAUUCUGGGCGUGUAUUGGGAUUUAAAUAAAAAUAAAUACACUGUUAAGCCACAUGCUUUGUAUUUUAGGCCGUGACAGCCUCUGUAUACAUAUUUGUACCAUAUUCAACAGCGACACAAAGAUGUUAGCCUUAACAUUCAAAGAAUUUACUAUGAGAUUGCAAGAGCUGCUCAGUUAACUCCACAGAAUGGGGGACCAAGUGAUGUUAAUACAGUGCAUAUAUUCUCCCAUAUUUUUGGCAUAAUUGAAGUUUUAACACCUGGGCAUCAUGAGUUGCACAGUCAUCAAAGAUGCAC